GUUCCCUGCUUUGAAGUGCUUCGUGGCAACAGCUGAGAGAGUCCCAGAAGUGGCCCAGUUCACGCCUCCUCUUCCUCUUCCUACUCCUCUGUCCUUUGUACUGGCAACGCAAUGGCCUGCGAGACCCCCUCUGAACAGUCUCUUCUUAAAGGUGGAGUGGAAAGAGGAGCCAGGCAGCUUCCUCAGGUAGCGAAAGAGCAACGGGAGCAGGCCCUCUUGACCUUUGAGGAGGUGGCUGUGUUUUUCACGGAGGAAGAGUGGGCUCUGCUGGAUCCUGGCCAAAGGGCUCUGCACAAGGAAGUCAUGGAGGAGAAUUAUGAGAUGGUGGCCUCUCUAGGUGAUGGAAAAGGCAAUCAGAAUAUUGAAGGGCCAUCAUCAAAGUACUUCAGUGUACGUGAACACCUUAGCACACAUCUACAAACUAAUACUGGGGAGAAACUCUUUAAAUGUAAGGAGUGUGGAAAGAGCUUCAGUGAAAGAGGAAAACUUACUGUACAUCAACGAAUUCACACAGGGGAGAAACCGUAUAAAUGUAUGGAAUGUGGAAAGAGCUUCAGUGAAAGAGGAAAACUUACUGUACAUCAACGAACUCAUACAGGGGAGAAACCGUAUAAAUGUAUGGAAUGUGGAAAGAGCUUCAGACGGUGUUCACAUCUUACUAGACAUCAGCGAACUCACACAGGGGAGAAACCGUAUAAAUGUAUGGAUUGUGGAAAGAGCUUCAGACAGUGUUCACACUUUACUAGACAUCAACGAACUCACACAAGGGAGAAACAAGUUAAAUGUAUGGAGUGUGGAAAGAGCUUCACCAAUAGUGCAGUGCUUAGAAAUCAUCAACUGACUCACACAGGGGAGAAACCCUUUAAAUGUAUGGAGUGUGGAAAGAGCUUCAGUAAGUCUUCACAACUUACUAUUCAUCAACGAACUCACACAGCAGAGAAACCAUUUAGAUGUAUGGAGUGUGGGAAGUGUUUUAGAGAAAGAGGGAACCUUACUAGACAUCAACAAACUCACACAGGGGAGAAACCAUUUAAAUGUAUGGAGUGCGGAAAUAGCUUCAGCAAGUCUUCACAACUUACUAUUCAUCAACGAACUCACACAGGGGAGAAACCAUUUAGAUGUAUGGAGUGUGGGAAGUGUUUCAGUCAAAGUGGAAGCCUUAUUUUACAUCAACGAAUUCACACAGGGGAGAAACCAUAUAAAUGUUUUGAGUGUGGGCAAAGCUUCAUUUGUAGUGCAAAACUCACUGUGCACCGACGAAGUCACACAGGGGAGAAACCAUUUGAAUGUAUGGAUUGUGGGAUGUGCUUCAGUCAGAGUGGAGUACUUAUUGUACAUCAACGAACUCACACUGGUGAGAAACCAUUUAAAUGUAUGGAGUGUGGAAAGAGCUUCAAUCACAGUGGAAUACUUACUGUACAUCAAAGAACUCACACAGGUGAGAAACCAUUUAGGUGUAUGGAGUGUGGAAAGUGCUUCAGUCAGUGUUCACAGCUUACUUUACAUCAACGAAGUCACACAGGGGAGAAACCAUUUAAAUGUAUGGAAUGUGGAAAGAACUUCAGACACGGUUCACACCUUACUUUACACCUACGAACUCACACAGGGGAGAAACCAUUUAAAUGUAUGGAGUGUGGGAAAGUUUUCAUUCAGAGUUCAGCUCUUACAACACAUCUACGGAUUCACACAGGGGAGAAACCAUUUAGAUGUAUAGAGUGUGGGAAGAGCUUCAGUCGAUGUUCACACCUUACUAUACAUCUUCGAACUCACACAGGGGAGAAACCAUUUAAAUGUAUGGGUUGUGGGAAGUGCUUCAGUAAGAGUGUAUCUCUUAGAAAACAUCAGCAAACUCACAGGGAAACAAUGAAUCUGGUGACCAUCCAGGCGCUCUUGAACUUUGAGGAGGUGGCUGUGUUUUUCACGGAGGAGGAGUGGGCUCUGCUGGAUCCAGGUAAUGGGCAGAAGAGUGAGAAUUAUGGGGAGCCAUCUGUGGUGUCUGUAGAAAAUGUGAGGCAUGAAGCACAGAAAGAGACAUUUGUAAAUCAACAAUCACCUGAAAAGCAUGUAGGAAAUGUGUUGAAGAACUGGAAAACCAAAUCCCUUACUACUCAGGACACUGAUGUCCAUGUAUCACUGAAUCCACAGGAAGAAUUCACAAGAAUUAACAGUGUGGAGUGUGAAAAGAGCUUCAGUCAGAGUGGAAGCAUUAGUUUACGUCAAGGAACCCAAACAAGGGAGAAAGCGUUUCAAUGCAUGGAGUGUGGAAAGAGCUUAAGCAGUGCUGGUAACCUUGUCAAGCAUAAAAAAACCCACAGAGGGGCGAAACCGUUCAAAUGCAUGGAGUGUGGAAAGAGCUUCAGCCAGAGCGGAAACCUUAUUGCACAUCAAAGAACCCACACAGGGGAGAAACCAUAUGAAUGUAUGGUGUGCAGAAAGAGGUUCAGUCUCAAUCACCAUCUUACUUUACAUCAAAGAACCCACACAGGAGAAAAACCAUUUAAGUGUAUAGAAUGUGGAAAGAGCUUCAGCCAGAGUGGAAGCCUUAUUGCACAUGAAAAAACCCACAUAGGGGAGAAUCCAUUAAAAACUAUGGUGUGUGGAAAGAGCUUCAGUCCCUAUCACCAUCUCACUGUACUUCAAAAAACCCACACAGGGGAGAAACUGCAUAAAUGCAUGGAGUGUGGAAAGAGUUUCACUUGUAGGAGUGCACUUACAGAACAUCAACGAAUCCACACAGGGGAGAAACCAUAUGAAUGCACAGAUUGUGGAAAGCGCUUCCGUAUUAGGAGUGUCCUUACUUUACAUCAAAAAACCCACACCGGGGAGAAGCCAUUUAAAUGCACGGAGUGUGGAAAGAGCUUCAGUCAGAGUGGAAACCUAACUGCACAUCAAAGAAUUCACACUGGGGAGAAACCAUUUAAAUGUAUGGAGUGUGGAAAGAGUUUCAGCCAGAGCGGAAGUCUUACUGCACAUCAAAGAACCCACAUAGCAGAUAAAUCAUUUAAAUGUGUGGUGUGUGGAAAGAGCUUCAGUCAGAGCGGAAACCUAACUGCACAUCAAAGAACUCACACCAGGGAGAAACCAUUUAAAUGUAUGGAGUGUGGAAAGAGCUUCAGCCAGAACGGAAACCUUAUUGCUCAUCGAAGAACCCACACAGGGGAGAAACCAUUUCAUUGUAUGGUGUGUGCAAAGAAUUUCAGUCUGAAUCACCACCUUACUUUACAUCAAAGAACCCACUGCACAUUGAACAACCCUUACAAGCGAAAGACUGUUUAA